GCCACACACCGACACCACGGCGGACGUUCGCCUACUAGCUUACCCCGGUAGCUGAUAGCCUGCCUGAACGCGCGACGCGUUCAAUCGAUACGGCCCGACGUGCUACAGAAAGAGAUGAGUGCACGUCGCACACGAAGGCUUAUCGCCGCGCCUCGCACACGAAAAUACCAGCUGAUGCUCGCUUUCGAUUGUCAGCCAUAGGUGGCGCUUGACGUAAACACAUACGUGACUUGUCACUUGUCACUUGUUGCUGUCACAGAGUGCAGUUCUGUCAAAACAUCGGAUUAAGAGUAAAGUUUUCGUUAAAGAGUUUUUAUUUAAAGAAAUGUCGUACAAAACUAUCAUAAGAAGCUUUCGGACGCUAAGCUAUGUGGGAAGCUAUAAGAAAAUACGAAGCCGACCAUACAAGUUUUACUAUGCAGCGAUAGUAGGCACUGGUAUAAUUGCAUACAACCAGUUGAAGAACAACAAAGCUGAGAUGAAAGAGAUUAUGCAGCUAAAGAACUACAUGGCUGAGCCCAUCACACCUCUCUCACAGUUGGAACAGAACCCAGAUGACAUGAAAACACAAAUGGAGUUACUAAUAAUGAGGAUACAAGCAGAGUUCUGUAGAGCGCUGGAAAAAGAAGAAGACCAGGUAAGGUAUAGGCAAGUGGUAGCCUAACUUAUUACUCUAAAGGUUGUCAUGUCUUUGUUUUGAGUUAUUUAUGUAAAAAUACUAUUGCUUUAAAAUUUUGGUUUUGGAAAACAUUAUAUUAUUUUGGAUAUUUUGGGCUUUGAAAG